AUGGCCAAGAAAAAUGUUCCGGACGCCUGGGAUGACGAUUGGGAGGCACAAGCCGAUAGAGCCUUGAAAGAGGAGCCCCCGGUCCCCAAAGAAGACCCAAUCGUCCUGAGCCGGGCGGAAAGACUUGCUCAACACAAGGAAUCAAACCGUAAACUCUGGCAAUCCGCGGAGGCACCCGAAGAAUUCCACUUCCUUGCAGCCAACAAUGACCCACCACUCGCCACGGCCUUCAAGCCAGCCAUGAAGGUCCUCAGUAGACGACCGGCGCCAAAGAUGAUCGCGAAGAAAGAUCCGAUCACAGGACUUGAAAAGCUGACGCUGCUAGACGACGGAGAGGAGGAUGACGAGGCAAGCAAAAGACAGCAGCCGACCGUCGAGGAGAUUCGCAAACGCCAGCAGAGGGAAUUGGAGGAGAAGCAGCGCCGCUAUGACGAGGCUCGGGCCAAGAUCUUUGGAGAACCCAAGUCGACCCCUUCCUCAGGUCAUUCUACGCCGGGUACCGUUACACCUCCCCAAAUGUCUGAGGGACGACAGAAUCAAAACCAGAGAGGGAAAGGCAGAGGCCGAGGCGGCUAUCGUGGGGAUCAUGCCCGCCACGACAACCAGAACCGCCGGCAAGCCAAUGCUGCUGGAGCUCGAGAGCUUUACGAUCCCAAUUUCUCCCCCAAACCUAGCUACAGCGGCCAAAAGAGGGGCGGCAGCGCGGCCUCACCACAGUCGACCCGGUCAACUACUCCGCGCGAGGAAGAUCAGGUCAUCAGGGCACCGAAAGGUCCAGACGGAAGUGGGCGAGGAGGUUUUGGAUUCGCCCGACGAGGCGCCAAAGAAAGUUGA